AUGUUCACAGUAAGCAAACUGUGUCUAAUUAUUCUAGCAACACUUUACCUAUCAUUACCUUGGAUAACACGUGUUUGUAAUUCCCUGCCAACAACAAAUACCAAUGAACAGAAUGUUUUAUACCGUUUUCUACCACAUCACAUAGGAGUAGAAAGAGUAUUCAUCCCUGAUGAAGUUCUUCCUUCAUCUCAAAAUGAUGCAUACACAAGUUCGAUGUACUUACCUAAAAGAUCUGCCUAUAUGGAUUUACCCUGGGGUAAACGAGCUUUCCAAAAACGUGCUGCCUACAUUGACUUACCAUGGGGUUAA